ACGCAUCUCGCUGCUUAGCGGAUUCGCAGCCGUGAAAGUGGCUGAGGCGGAUAUUGUUGUGGUAACAGUCCAGCCCUAGAGGAUGAGCCGAGGUGAUGCACUUAUUUUGAGCGGAAAGAAGGCCGAGAUUGGACUGUGAUUCAUUUUGUCAUGUUUUUUAUGUGAGGAGUGAAUCGUUUGUGGGGAAAAGCCGCUGCACCGUACGGACUCAUCCUCCAGCCAGCCAGCCGGAGAACAGAGUUCAUUCAGCCGUGGUGAGCCUGCCGCUGAGACGAUGCCAGCGACGUAAAAAUCACAACAUCUGCAGGGUAUACAUCUGAAGCUCCUGGAUCGACCGGGCCUUUGUAUAGCCUGCGAGGCGGCUGUUGCCUUGAGAAUCACACACGACAGGAGGUAAAAUAUGGAGAGCAGCAUUCAUGGAGGCCUUUGGAGAACGCAGCCUGUUGAGAGGAUGACAGAUUCUUAUUAACGGGGACCGGGCACGGGGGGGUUGCGUUUAAUGUUCAUAAACGACCUCAGUGAGGCAUUAUCCACGGAGAACAAUCACUGGGUUCAGCACAAAAAUAGAACCGAAGUCACGGCGCCUUGGAGAAAGCCAUCUAAAUAAAGAUAUCACAUGUUUCUGCUUGAUUUCGGCCUGCGGUGCUGUCGUGAUUGCACACAUGACAUCUGGAACACACUUGAUGAAGACGAGGAUGUGAUGACCGUGUGCUGAGCACCGAAGCGACUGGCUUUAAAGUAGAUUCUCAGGUACCCUAUAGUUGUAGGUUUUUUUGGGGGGGGUUGUUUGUUUUUAACAGAAAAUGGGUAGCGAAGGUGAGAUAGUAAACAGAGAACUGUCAAAGAUGUCUGACGAGGAUUUGCUGGCGUGCUCCAAAGAGGAGCUGGUGAGCCGGCUGCGUAAAGAGGAGUCGGAUAAAAUAUCGGCGCUCAUUCAGCGAGGACGGCUGAUAAAAGAGGUGAAUAAACAGCUGCAGGGACACCUCCUCGAAAUCAGGGAACUGAAAGUCAUUAAUCAGCGCCUGCAGGAGGAAAACGUGGAGCUGCGGGACCUGUGCUGCUUCCUGGACGACGACCGACUCAAAGUGAAGAAGCUGGCCAGGGAAUGGCAGCUGUUCGGGCAUCACGCAGCCAAAGUAAUGCGGGAGGACCUCGGUGGUUACUUGAAAAAGCUCGCAGACCUGGAGCGCAUGCAGGACGGGCUGGUAAAGGAGAAUCUGGACCUGAAGGAGCUGUGCCUGGUCCUGGAGGAGGAGUGUGUCAGCAGGAGCGACUCCAGCCCCGGAGGGUCCACCGAGCUCAACCUGCCCUGCAUGGUGGCCCGGGACCUGGGGGACGGAAGCUCAAGCACAGGCAGUGUGGGAAGCCCAGACCAGCUUCAUCUGGUGUGCUCUCCUGAUGACUGAUGACAGCCACGGCUUAUCCGACUCAAAGAAGGAACCUGUGGAGUAGGAGCGAUGAAGGCGAGUGGAGACGAGGUCACACAGUACAAAUUAAAUUGGUGCACAAGCAUUAGGGCCUUCUGAAUGCUGCAAAGAUCUGCGUGCCACCGGGUUAACAUUGUAUGAUGGACAUUUUCAGGACGUUUAAUAAAUGUUUGCCAGAUGAUAAUGUAUCUAAAUUUUACAGUGUUUUUUCUAAGGACUCUUCUUCUUCUUUUGAAACUCUUCUUUUUCAGUGGUCUGAAAAAAAAAUGGGACCAAAAAAGUGGGUCACAUAUAUAUAAAUUUAUCUCAUGCACUGGACUAGCCUACACUGGUAGAAGCCUUUUUUUCUAUUGCACUGGACAGCGUUAUCAUGGAUCUUUACGUCACUGAUCUAAAGAUUCAUUUCAAUCCAGUUUUGAGCCAUAUUUAUUCCACUGAAUUCCACUAGCACUGAAAUAGAUGAGUUGUGAUAAAAGAAAAAAUAUGAAACUAUUUGAUAUUUGCUUUUGCUAGAUGCCCAAUAAUGUGUAAUAUUUUAUGCACUCUCUUCCUCAGGACAGGAUUGGAGUGGCAUUUGUGCAUGAUGAUUGUCACAAUUUGUACAGGCCUGUUAACCAGUCUGAUGUGAAGGCCCUUCAGGUUUACUGUGGGUGGGGCUGCUGUACAUAAUGUACAUGUGCUAGAGCCUGGGCAGAGCCAGCACACUUGAUAAGGUUUUGGAUCAGACAUGAUAAGAUGUCCUUGGACCUCACUCAGAGCUGAAUUGAAUAAGUUCUGUCUCUUUUUUUAAAAUCCAACUGGAAACUCUUUGUAUGAAACUGGAAGGUCUACUACAAGUUUGAAUGGUUUCUGUUUGAUUCAAACCAAGAUGUUUCAAUUCACUUGUGUUACUUUUUUUUUUUUUUUUUUUUUUUAAAUUACAUUGCUGUUGUUGAUGUUCAAUUAGCAUACCACAGAGUUUGUUUAAGUUGGCAGUGGUUGGCUUUUUAUUCUGUAACUCAUGCUUUGUAUUUACCCUGUAACAUUAGGGAUAAUCUUAACUUUUGCCCACCUUUAUCUUGAUUUAUCUGUAUUAACUAGUGUUACUAACCGAUUUCAGUUUAAAUCAUGGCUGAUGCACAUGGAUUAGAAAAGAUUAUUUUUUGUCGUUAGCUGUUUUUUGGUGGGCUAUGCUCGUAGUGCAUUUAAGAGCUUUAAAUACAGUGGGUAUGACACCUCGUGCUGUUCUGACCUUUCUUUUCAAGCAUUUACAUGCAUUUACAUCUACGUGAGAGCGAAGGGUUGAUUUCCGCACUUGUUGUUUUGACCUCUGUGUCUGACUCUGCUUGGCCGAUGCUCCCUUCGCGUCACACGGGCUGACUUUCGUGAAGUUCAUCGGUUUUAUUUUUGGAUCUCUUAUUUGCGCAGUGUGGAGAGCUGAAGAGCAGGGCCGUAAUGCUUUUACCCACUUAGUGAUGCACACACGUCCUUUGACAGCAGCGUACACACAGAUUUUUUUUUUCCCCUCCAUCAUGCUCUCGAGCUCUCAGUCUGUCGCUCGCCUCUCAACUCUACUUCUAUCUCUAACCCCAUUUAAGCAGAGCAAUCCAAUGCCCUUUGAGCCAUGUAUGUAUUAGCAAGAGAUUCAUGUCAUUUUUGGGAAAUGAAAGUUCACAGUGUUCACAGUUGAAGGGCAUUGCACAGUCAUUUCCCAGAGUCAAAGGUUACGUCUUAAAAUUACUGGUUUUUCUUCUUACUAACAGUCCACUACAAACAAACAAAAAAAUAUUCAAUUGUCAAUUACAUGAAUGAAAAAAAGGAAGCAAACUGGAGAAACUGCAACCAGAGAAUAUCAAUUUCCUGUUUUUGCUUGAUCUGAUGCAAAAUAGUUACAAUCUUCAUCACCUUUGAGUCAUACAUUUCAGGUCACUCUGGGGUGUCGGUGUUCACUUUUCCAAAAUGUAAUUCUCUG